CUGCCUCAUCAUGAUGUGUGUAUGUGUGCGUAAGGAACUGAUGGCUUGAACUAGCUUGAACAUUCCACUCGCCGCAAUAAUGUUGCUUGUUGGUCAAUGUGUUUAAGUGCCUUGCUCAUCGGGGGAAAAUGUUCAUAUAUCUAAGUAAAAAGAUCGCCAUCCCGAAUAACACCAAACUCAAAUGCAUUGGCUGGAACAAGGACCAAGGCUACAUAGCCUGUGGCGGGGAUGAUGGUCUCCUGAAGGUCCUCAAACUCGAGGCUGGUCGAGAUGGCAAAGUCAAAGGCCUCGCUGCACCUUCCAACUUGUCCAUGAAUCAAACACUGGAGGGUCACAAUGGGCAAAUUCAAGUGGUGGGUUGGAACGAGAGUCACCAAAAGCUGACCUCAAGUGACCAAUAUGGCUUGAUCAUCGUGUGGAUGCUCUACAAGGGCAGUUGGUAUGAGGAGAUGAUCAACAAUCGCAACAAAUCCGUGGUCAAAGGCAUGGCCUGGAAUGCGGAUGGACAGAAGAUUUGCAUCGUCUACGAGGACGGAGCCGUAAUCGUCGGAUCAGUCGACGGCAACCGCAUCUGGGGCAAGGAGCUCAAGAAUGUGAUGCUUUCGGGAGUGUGCUGGUCGCCCGAUUCGCGAUUGCUCCUCUUUUCCAUGGCCACUGGGGAGAUCCACAUCUAUGAUGGCAUGGGUAGCUUCGUGUCCAAGAUGAACAUCCAAUGUCUGACCAAUACCUCUCAAGUGGCACGGAUCAUUUCUUUGCAAUGGUACGAUGGCAAGCACGGCCUAGUCGAAUUGGACGCCCCCUCUCUGAUGGUUUGCUAUGAAAAUGGGCGGGUACAAAUCAUGAAGAGCGAGAGUGACGAGAAUCCGGUUCUUUUGGAUACUGGUUUGACCACAGUGGGCUGUCAGUGGAAUCAUGAUGGUUCCAUUCUGGCCAUUGCCGGCGUUCUCAGUGAUACCACCAGCCACGAGAAAGAGGCGAAUGUGGUUCAGUUCUAUUCACCCUUCGGGGAGUUAUUGCGCACCCUGAAGGUCCCCGGGAGGCAGAUAUCGGCGUGUGCUUGGGAAGGCGGAUCCCUCAGAAUUGCUUUGGCCGUGGAUUCGUUCAUCUAUUUCGCCAACAUUCGUCCGGAUUACAAGUGGGCCUAUUUUGCCAACACCGUCGUCUACACCUACUCCAAGCCCGAUAAAACGGAAACGGACAUCACGUUUUGGAACAAUCGCACUGGCGAAAAAAAUACGCGACACGUUAAUAGGUUAAAUGCCAUCUCGUCAUCAUCGGAUCACUGCGUGUUGGCCAUCACGUUAGGAGAUGACCACGAUCAAAGCUACAGUCUGACUUUGUGCAAUGCUUUGGGAACCACGGUCGACACGAAGCUCAUUUCCAUGGAACCAUCCUCGGUUUGCAUGACUCCCACGACAGUUUUUGCCGCCUCGAAGGAUCAUUUCUAUGUGUGGUACUUCAGAACCGCCCAAACUUGGACACAGGUGGGAUCCAAGCCCAAUCGUAGCGCUAAUCGGAAGGAGCAGGUCUAUCACGUGGAUGACACACCCACGGGAGGUGUUGGACUAAAUGGCAAUACAUACUCGAGUAAGGCUACGAAUGACCCGAUCUGCUCCUUGGCGGCCUCGGAGAAGAUCCUAUUGAUUGGCAGAGAGUCCGGAUUGAUCCAGUUGUACUCUUUGCCUAGCAUCACGUUGACCAAUCGCUACAAUGUGAACACAAAACCGUACAAGAUGGCCAUCAACAGCAACUCGACGACCGUAUCCGUGAUUGGUGUCACAGGUCUCUUGCUUUUCAUCAAACUCGAUGGAUCAUCCAGUGAUAGUGGACUCAUGAAAAUGGAGCGGAAAGAUGUGUGGGACAUGAAAUGGGCGGAUGACAACCCCGAUCUGUUUGCCAUGAUGGAGAAAACUCGGAUGUACAUUUUCCGAAACAUGGAACCCGAAGAGCCGAUCCUCUCGGCCGGAUACAUUUGUAGCUUCAAGGACCUGGAAAUCCGGGCAGCUCUCUUAGACGAGAUUUUGAGGGAUCCCGAGAACCCCAUUGACGAUUACAUUCUGGAUCUUGAGGUCAAAUCUCUUCGUGAUACCAGGGACCUUCUCGAAAAAGUGGGAAUGAAAGAUGCCAUGAGCUUCAUCGACGAGAAUCCUCAUCCCAGACUUUGGAGACUCCUUGCCGAGGCCGCUAUCGAACAAUUGGACCUGACCACAGCUGAAUCGGCGUAUGUCAGAUGUAAGGACUACCCCGGGAUCCAAUUCGUCAAGAAAUUACAGAACAUUCAAGACACUAAAAUCCAAAAGGCUGAAGUUGCGGCAUGGUUCAGCCGCUAUGACGAUGCUGAAAAGAUUUUCAUGGACGUGGAUCGCCGAGAUCUGGCCAUCAGUCUUAGGAAACGCCUCGGCGAUUGGUUCAGAGUGCUGCAAUUGGUCAAAACUGGCUCUGGCGGGAACGAUUCGGAGAUGGAGGAGGCGUGGAAUAACAUUGGCGAGUACUUUGUCGAGCGACACAACUACGACGAAGCCGUGCAGUUCUUUGAAAAGUCCAGAAAUGUCACACGCCUGGUCCAAUGCUAUCAUGCGUUGGAAGAUUUCAGCAGCUUGGAGAAUGUCAUGGACGACAUUCAACCUAAUGAUCCUUUGCUGAGCAAAAUGGGCAAUAUGUUUGCUGCCGUGGGCAUGGGCAAGCAGGCCGUGGAAGCUUUCGUCAAGGCCAACAAUGUCCCCGAAGCGGUCAACACUUGCAUUCAUUUGAACCAAUGGCAUGAGGCUGUGGAAUUGGCCACCAAGUUCAAUCAACCCACCCAGAUCUCUUCGCUUCUGGCUAAAUACGCCCAACAUCUCCUGGACGAGAACAAAAUCAUUCAGGCCAUAGAGCUUUACCGCAAAGCCAAUCAUUUCUUGGAAGCGGCUCGCCUCUUGAACGAUUUAGCCAAGGAGGAGACUCUCAAACGGUCCAGUCCCUUGCGAAUCAAGAAGCUGUACGUUCUGUCCGCGUUCAUGGUGGACGAGCAUCUCGGAAGUCUCCGACGCAUUGAUAAAGAGAAGAAGGGCAACCGGAGUAGCGCUCUUAUGGGUCUCAUGGGUGAUGGGACCUCGUUGGGUCAGACAUUGGUAGUGGAUGAGGCUUGGCGAGGAGCCGAGGCAUUUCAUUUCUUCAUGCUGUGCCAAAGGCAACUUUAUGAAGGCUUUGUAGAUGCGGCCAUGAAAACGGCGCUAAAUCUCCGCGAUUAUGAGGACGUGCUCAAUGCAGAGGACAUCUACUCAAUUUUGGCCUUGGCCUCGUGUGCCAAUCGCGCGUUUGGCACUUGCUCUAAGGCCUUUAUCAAGUUGGAAUCUUUAGAGGAGCUCACCAAUGAGCAAAGAGAGGCUUAUCAAGAGUUGGCCAUGGACAUAUUCAUCAAGCAAGCACCCAAAGAUUCACGAAGCAAUCGAUCGGAAUGCGCGAGUUGCGAAACAAUGAUUCCCGAUUGGUUGAACGCGUGUCCUUCGUGUCAGACGAAAUUCCCCAUUUGCAUUGUGACGGGUCGACCCAUCAUGGAUCUUACAUCGGCAUGGCAAUGUGAGAAUUGCAAGCAUCGGGCGUAUGAGCAAGAAAUCACUAUGAGACAGAACUGUCCCUUGUGCCAUUUACCCAUCGCUUUAUAAUUCUAUGAUUCUGAAAUACAAAAUCCAUUCUAGUCAAAUAGUA